AUGGGCCAGGCACGUUGUCGCGCUGCGCCCCGGCCGGCGGCCCGCAGCCCCGGAGCCAAGGGCCCGGCGAAGGCGUCUGUCCCGCGUGGCCCAGCGAGGGGCGCCCGGCCGCCCUCCCCGCCCCCAGCCCCCGCCGGCGGGACCCCAGGUGCGGAGGGGGCGGGGCGGGCCCAGGUCCCCGCGUGGCGCGUGGUGGCCAGCAACAGGGCGCCGCCCCGCCCGACCCCGGAGCGCGGGGGGGAGACCGUUAUCCGAGAGAGACGUGGGACCCCCGGCAACUCACCGGCUCGCACCACGGCCGCCUCCGCGCCUCCGCCGCUGCCGCUCCGCUCCCCUCCGCCCGCCGCUGCUGGUCUCGGUCAGCCGCAGGCGCCGCGAAGCAGCCCCAUCUACAAACUCGGGGCUCGGAGUUGGGAACUGGAAAUGCGGUUCUCACUCCCCUCCGCCUCCUUCCCCCUCGUCCCUACCCCGCUCCGCACUCCGCCUCGGCUCGGGUGGCCCGCACCGCUGUCGCCGCCACCUUCCGUGGAGAAUGUGGUGGAUGCAGAGACGGACUCCUCAGAUCUGCUUUCGGAGAAAGACUGGUUGCCCGGCUGCAGGACAGCUGGCAGCGCUUGGGAUCAGCUCAGCUGCAGAAAGCCCACGGGCUCAAACACGGGCCCCGACCCUUCUCAGCGUGGUCCAUAUUGA